UUUCCUUCUUGAUUCUGUUUGAUUUCUUUCGUCUUUGAUCUGUACAGGAAGGGAAUCAUCGGCAAUGGCGGAUGCCCACAUGGGAGAAAUAGAGACCUUCGCCUUUCAGGCCGAGAUCAACCAGCUUCUCAGUCUGAUCAUCAACACCUUCUACAGCAACAAGGAGAUCUUCCUUCGGGAACUCAUUAGCAAUUCCUCGGAUGCAUUGGACAAGAUCCGGUUCCAAAGUCUGACUGACAAGAGCAAGCUUGAUGCACAACCAGAGUUGUUCAUAAGGCUUGUUCCUGAUAAGUCCAACAAGACGCUUUCUAUUAUCGACAGCGGCAUUGGCAUGACCAAAGCAGAUUUGGUGAACAAUUUGGGAACAAUUGCCAGGUCUGGAACCAAGGAAUUCAUGGAGGCAAUACAGGCUGGAGCGGAUGUGAGCAUGAUCGGUCAGUUCGGUGUCGGAUUCUACUCGGCCUAUCUUGUUGCGGACAAAGUUAUUGUGACUUCAAAGCACAAUGACGAUGAACAAUAUAUUUGGGAGUCUCAAGCGGGUGGUUCCUUCACCGUAACGAGGGAUGUCAAUGGAGAACACCUUGGCAGAGGAACCAAAAUCAUCCUCUUCCUCAAGGACGACCAGCUGGAGUACCUGGAAGAGAGAAGAUUGAAGGAUCUCGUGAAGAAGCACUCUGAGUUCAUCAGCUAUCCUAUCUACCUCUGGACUGAGAAGACAACAGAGAAGGAGGUUAGUGAUGACGAAGACGAUGAAACCAAGAAAGAAGAGGAAGGUGAUAUCGAGGACGUAGAUGAAGAGGAGGAGGGCGAGGGCGAAUCCAAGAAGAAGAAGAAGAAGGUUAAGGAGGUGUCUCACGAGUGGCAACUCAUUAACAAGCAGAAGCCCAUCUGGAUGCGCAAGCCAGAGGAGAUCACCAAGGAAGAGUAUGCAUCCUUCUACAAGAGCCUGACCAACGACUGGGAAGACCACCUUGCUGUAAAGCACUUCUCCGUGGAAGGGCAGCUCGAAUUUAAAGCCAUCCUAUUUGUUCCAAAGAGGGCUCCCUUCGACCUCUUUGACACGAGGAAGAAGAUGAACAACAUCAAGCUCUAUGUUCGAAGGGUCUUCAUCAUGGAUAACUGUGAAGAGCUGAUCCCGGAAUACCUGGGAUUCGUGAAGGGUGUUGUCGAUUCUGAUGAUCUGCCACUCAACAUAUCUCGUGAAAUGCUUCAGCAGAACAAGAUUCUGAAAGUGAUUAGGAAGAAUCUCGUGAAGAAAUGCAUGGAAAUGUUCUUCGAGAUUGCUGAGAACAAAGAGGACUAUGCCAAAUUCUACGAGGCAUUCUCCAAGAAUAUUAAGUUGGGUAUCCAUGAAGACAGCCAGAACAGGGCAAAACUGGCAGACCUUCUCCGUUACUACUCGACUAAGAGUGGUGACGAGAUGACGAGUUUGAAGGACUACGUCACCAGGAUGAAGACCGGCCAGAAGGAUAUUUAUUACAUCACUGGUGAGAGCAAGAAAGCCGUUGAGAACUCCCCAUUCCUGGAGCGACUCAAGAAGAAAGGUUAUGAAGUACUUUUCAUGAUCGAUGCCAUCGAUGAGUAUGCGGUCGGGCAAUUGAAGGAGUAUGAUGGGAAAAAGCUUGUGUCGGCCACCAAAGAGGGGCUGAAACUUGAUGAUGAUUCAGAGGAAGAGAAGAAGAAAAAAGAGGAGAAGAAAAAGUCCUUCCAGGAUUUGUGCAAGACCAUCAAGGACAUCCUCGGCGACAAGGUGGAGAAGGUGGUGGUUUCCGACAGGAUAGUUAAUUCACCCUGCUGCUUAGUGACAGGUGAAUACGGUUGGACGGCUAAUAUGGAGAGAAUCAUGAAAGCCCAGGCUUUGAGGGACAGCAGUAUGAGCUCUUACAUGUCUAGCAAGAAGACAAUGGAGAUCAACCCAGAAAAUGGAAUCAUAGAGGAGCUGCGGACGAGAGCCGAGGCUGAUAAGAAUGACAAGUCAGUGAAGGAUCUAGUGCUGUUGCUCUUCGAGACUGCCCUCUUGACCUCUGGUUUCAGUCUCGAUGACCCUAACACUUUCGCUGCAAGGAUCCACACAGGAUGUUGAAGUUGGGACUAAACAUCGAGGAGGAAGAGGCAGCAGGUGAGGAUGCUGACAUGCCCGCAUUGGAAGAGGAAGGCAACGAGGAAAGCAAAAUGGAGGAAGUCGAUUGAAAUCCCUGAUGAGCAGAGACAGUACUACGAGGUUGCUUCAGUGUGUUGCAGAGGCA